UUGACGGAACUCUGUGGAAACUCACGUGUUAAACAUGAAAAACCCUAAACACAACAAUACUGGAUCAAAAAAGGCUAAAUUCAAGCCUGGCUCGAAGAAAAGAGAAAAUAAAUGCGUCGUGACGUUUGACGACAAAGACAGACAGGACUAUCUGACUGGUUUCCAUAAGCGAAAACUAGAAAGAAGGAAGGCAGCAGUGGCAGAAAUAAAAAAGAAAAUAAAAGAAGAGCAGAGCAGAGUCAGAGAAGAACGUCAUAAAGAAUAUAUAAAGAUGUUGAAGGAGAGGGAAGAGGCACUUGAUGAUGCAGAAGACGAACUUGAAGAUGCUGUGAUCAGUACCACAGAGUCUGUUCAAUAUGAUCACCCCAACCAUACUGUUACCGUGACAACCAUCAGUGAUCUCGACCUCACAGGGGGUCACCUGCUCGCCCCUGUAACAAAUGAUGCCGGUGAGGAGAGUGAGAAUAAAGACGAGGAGGAAGCAAACAGGCACACAAUGCCGAAAAAACCAAGGGAUGUGAUCAUGAACAAAAAGAUCCGUUCCCUUACGACGGCACUCAGCACAUGCACCAGCAAGCGGAAGAGGAAAGGGAAGCAGGAAGGUCGAGGUAGACGAGGACAUCGGACCGACAAGAGACCCGGUGUCACAGAGGGGGUCCGCAGAGGUGGGAGGACCAGCAAGAAGCAGAGACGUAGGCAGACGGGGAAGAAGAUGCAACAUCUGGACUGAAAAUUAGCCUCUAAAAUGAUGGGACAUUUUGUAGUCAGUUUGUUCUCUUGUUUUCAAACAGAAGGAUGAAGACGUUCGCCUCUACAUUUUCUCAGUACUCUGUUUGGAGUUCAUUAAUAUUUGCCUCUGGAUAUAUCUUGUAUUUUUGAACUGUUUUGAAGUUUUUUUUAUAAAACAAAUCUAACUUUAUGAAUAAAUAUGUCAUGAUUUUACCAGGAAGUGAUGUGUCGAAUAAAGUUAGUUUGUUCUCUUUGGGAUUUUGUCCCUCUGUGUUCUAUUGUUUAAUUAGGAAACAUGAUGCUAUAGUCAACAUCCUCUGUGGUUCAUCAGGAAACAGAGCCUCAGCUUUGUAUUUCCUCUGUAAUACUUUUUCUAUGUGUGUGUAAAUUUAAAAGGUCCAAGGUUCAGAGCAACCUUUAUCUGUAAUGUACAU